AUGUCUUCAGGAGCGAUGAUGAGCAGCGGCUGCUCGCCGCCGUGCGAGGUGUCCUGUCCCCAGCCCUACGCGGACGCCUGGAGCCAGCCCUGCGUCACCUCCUGCGGGGACUCGCGGGCCGUGGUCUACCCUCCGCCCGUGGUCAUCACCUUCCCGGGGCCCAUCCUCAGCUCCUGCCCGCAGGAGAGCAUCGUGGGCACCUCCUUCCCGUCGGGGGCCAUGGGAUCCUCUGGAUCCGGGGGCGCCAUUGGGGGAUCCUACGGAGGGGGCAGCGGCUCCACGGGUGGAAUUGGGGGAUCCUUCGGAGGCGGCUCCACGGGGGGAUCCUUCGGAGGCGGCUCCUCGGGUGGAUCCUUUGGCACCGGGGGCUCCUUUGGAGGGGGCAGAUCCUUUGGGAGCAGAAGAACCUUUGGCUCCUCCAUGGGGCACUCGGGGGGCUCCUGCGGUGGGGGCGGCUCCUUUGGGGGCGGCUCCUGCGGAGGGGGUUCCUAUGGAGGGGGUUCCUAUGGAGGGGGUUCCUAUGGAGGGGGUUCCUAUGGAGGGGGUUCCUAUGGAGGGGGUUCCUAUGGAGGGGGCAGCUCCAGCUCCAGGAGGUUCGGAGGAGGAAACUGCGGCUCCUUUUAUUUCUGA